AGCGUCAUCGCACGCGCCACAUCUCCAAGGAUGCAGACGAACGUCAUAUAAACAACGGUUCGAUCCAUAGACAAAAUGCCCAAAUGUUUGUUGCAUUCCGUUCGAAACUACAGAUCUCGAAAAUACAUGAGAAAUUCAGAAUUCGACCCAAAUGUUAUGACAACACGAUCUGGACUGGAGAUCAGGAAGGUUUCGGUCACGCCUGUGUUUGUUGGAUCAACAAAACUUAAACAUGUGGACGAAACAGCAGAAAGAAAGCAAAAACCCAGUAACAAGAAUUGCUUCCAGAAACAGAAAUCUAUCAACCAUCUUCCGUUUGUUACAAGAUUCUAUCUAGGAUAUAAGGUACCCGACUUGGAUCUGUGUGGGAAUGAAUCCAAGGAAUCAGACUGUAGAGAAAAUGAUGACAUGCAUAUAUCGUUCAGUUCAUUGAAUAAAUCCACAUCAGAUCUCCUCUCUGAAAGUGAUGAAGACUGUUUCGAAUCGAGUACUGACGAUGAGUUUUGUGAUGAUAUCAUUGCAAAAAGCAAGGAUUCUAGUUACCAAAGCAUAAAUUUCGCGGAGUCCAUAACUAAAUUUGAUGAAGUCCUGAACGUAUUUGAAUCAUUGCCCAAUCAACAACCAGUAGGAGUAAGGAGUCGGGAGGCGAUGUACGAUUAUGAAGUGACUUCGUUAGAGACUCCAAAUGAUGGUGAAAAGAUCUUGAAAUAUCCGUCUUCUACACAAUCGGUUAUGGCUGGGAUCUCUGCUCUGAGUCUGUCGCGUUCCGCCUCCAAUAUGUCCACAAACCCAUCACCAGCUAUAACGACCUUCACUGCCCCCACUAUCACCAAAAUACGCCCAGAUGACAUAUUUACGGUCAACCCUUCAUAUUCUAAAUUACCGCACUUCCAGUGUGACGUUUGCGAAAAGGGAUUCUGCGAUUCAGCCAACUACAAAGCUCAUCUGAAAACACACACCACUCAGCAGAAGAACAAAUGUGACAUUUGUGGAAAGGUAUUCACAAGAUCUUGGCUGCUAAAGGGACACAUGCGCACCCACACCGGAGAGCGGCCUUUUGUCUGUCUGUAUGAGGAUUGCGAUAAAGCGUUUGCAGACAAAAGCAACCUACGGUCACAUAUGCUGAUUCAUUCCGUUACUAGCAAGAACUUUUCAUGUCAAAAAUGCGGUCGCUCCUUUGCACAGAAAAGAUAUUUACAUAAGCAUUUAUUGGAAGUGUGCAGAGUAAUACGUUGACGUUGUCUUGUAAUGUUCCUAUGAUAGCGCCAUCAUGCUACGGAAAUCAUUUUGAGAUAAAGUUAAAGAACAGAAACUGUUGGCUGAUGAUUGCCAAUAUGACACGGGUUUUUUUCCCGGUAAAUAGAUGCGCAUGAAAUGAAUUAUAUUGUUAUAUUUGCAACUCUUCAAAUGUUUUGUUGUCGGCAUGUAUGGCUGUGUGUACUAUAUUCUAAUCGAAUGUUGAAUAUCCCUUUAACUAUAGCAGACGAGAGGGUAGGAAUACUUUAGUUUUAUUUCUAUGUUAUGUUAUGUGUCAUUUGCUAUAAAUGAAUUAAUAAUUAUACAUUAUUUCAAAAUUA